AUGCAACAUGUGAUUGCGUUGCUGAAGCGCCACGUUCAGCAGGCCAACUACUCGAGAAUUAUGUCCCGCUCUCAGUCCAAAACCCACCGCAUUUUUGAAAAGGAAGGGUGGGUUUGGCGAAUUUCUCUCCCCGCAGUACCAUUACACAGCCUUCCAAAAUGA